CUCUCCCUCUCCUUUCUCUUUCAAUCCAGACGUUACCGGCAAUCUGGGCGCCGCUCUGCGCAUGAUAAAAGUCUUCCUACGUUUCCUCUCAAUUCUAUUCUAUUCUUCUCGCUAUCAUUGCACAGAGAUUCGUAGCGCAGAAGGAUAGGACAUCUAUAUUUAAAUACCCAUACCUUUCUGAUCUUUUAUCAUGUCAUUCGUAGAGGGCCUUCUCCCGUUUUGCAUGGAUCGAAUUAGAGAGAAGACGGGUAUCUUCACAGUCUCUUUUUUGCAGAGAGUUUCUCAAUCAAUGUCCAAUGUCAGCUGCGAUAGUUCUGGCAGAGAGUCAGAGAACUGCCAAGACAGUGGGUCCGCUUUCGUCCUGAAAAUGGUUGCAAUCGCUUCUAUCCUUCUUGCUGGUGCAUUUGGAGUUUCACUCCCAUUAAUCGGCAAGAAGCGGCGGUUCCUCCAAACGGACUCUAAUCUCUUUGUUGCAGCCAAAGCCUUUGCAGCCGGCGUCAUCCUUGCCACUGGUUUUGUCCACAUGUUACCUGACGCAAGCGAACAUCUGACUGACACCUGUCUACCUGAUUUCCCUUGGUCAAAGUUCCCGUUCUCGGGAUUCAUCGCGAUGAUGUCAGCACUUGCAACAUUGGUUGUGGACUUUGUUGGGACGCAAUAUUACGAAAGGAAGCAAGAAAAACAAAGUCAAAAGGAAAAUAUUGAAUCACUGGAGGCUGCGAUGGUGGGGUCAGAGUCUGCAAUUGUUCCGGUGGACACAAAAGGGAGGAACGGAGUGUUGUUUGGGGAAGAAGAAGGAGGCACGAUUCACAUUGUUGGAAUGCAUGCACACGCCGCUCAUCAUAGGCAUAACCAUUCUCAAGAAGUGGGAGCAUGUCAAGGCCAUGCCAAGGAGCAUUUACAUGGCCAUUCACAUUCUCACUCACAUGGUGGUCAUGGGGAUGAUGAAAACGGAGUGAGACAUGUAGUUGUUUCACAGGUUUUGGAACUCGGAAUUGUAUCCCACUCGAUGAUUAUUGGUCUCUCUCUUGGAGUUUCCGAAAGUCCAUGCACAAUCAGGCCCUUAAUUGCGGCACUAUCAUUCCAUCAGUUCUUUGAAGGGUUUGCUCUUGGAGGUUGCAUAUCCCAGGCCCAAUUUAGGACUCUACGCGUCACUCUGAUGGCCACAUUCUUUGCCAUAACGACCCCCUUGGGGAUUGCUGGAGGGCUUCUUCUUUCUUCAUUCUACAAUCCUCAAAGCCCAAGGGCAAUGGUGGUGGAAGGCAUCUUUGACUCUGUCUCUGCGGGAAUCCUAGUGUACAUGGCUUUGGUAGACUUGAUCGCUGCCGAUUUCUUGAGCAAGAAGAUGAGCUGCAAUACCAGGCUUCAGAUCGCCUCCUAUUUUUGCCUGUUUUUAGGAUCUUUACUAAUGUCAUCCCUGGCUAUAUGGGCCUGAAUGUAUCUUUAUUUGUUACUCCCUAUGUGUGCAUGUAAUCUAGCUUUAUCAUAUAUAUGUGCACACACCAUCCUUGUGUUAAUGACAUGAAAUCCAACAAUUGUAUAUUAUAUUUCCUUCUAAAAUUUGUGAGGAUUAUCGUUAUGUUGUUUGUUAAGCUUAUGUUGGGUUUCAGGCCUUGAGGGGGGUGGGGUUGGAAAGCAAUGCAAAAUAUUUGUUCCUUCUUGCUCUAA